AUGUCAAGAAAUGAGUCACGUAAAAAUUUUCGAAUAAUCCUUAUUUUAGCUAUUAUUACUAUUAUUAUCUUUGGUAUUCUUUUGAUUUUAUAUAUUACUCGACAAAAUCUUACUUCAAAAACUAUUCUUAUUGAAGAAGAAGAAAUAAAUGAAUAUGAAAAGAAAAUUUUUGAUGAUUCCAUUAAUAUUCUUUGGAAAAAUCUUCGUCGUUUCGAUUUUAAUCAAAGUAAUCCUGAUCAUCUUCGACCAAUUUAUAUAGAAGUAUUGAAUGCUCUUCAUCAGCUAAGUUCAAUAUAUAAACGUGAUCUCAUUUUAUUUCUCUAUAUCCAUCGAUUAAUUAGUACUGAUAUUCCAUUUGAACAGCGACUCACUCUACGUAAUGCUAAUUUAACUAAUGUUCAAUUUAAAUACAUCAAUCUUAAUUAUUUAUAUUUACCUGGUGUAUUUGCGUUAAACAGUCUUUUUUCUAAUUGUGAAUUAAAAGCAUCAAAUUUUCAAGGAAGUAUUAUGGAUAAAAGUCGUUUUAUUAGUUGUUCAUUAGAAAAAUCAACAUUUUCAGGUGCUUCAUUAAAACAAUCAUUGUUUACAAGUGAUAAUGAUUUGUCUAGUAUUGAUUUUACAAAUACAGAUUUAACCGAUAGUAAUAUAAAUAUUGAUGGAUUUAAUAAUAAAUGUAUUAUUUUUAAUACACGCUUACCAAAUGGAUCUUUUUUUAAUAUUGAUUCAAAAGGAUUAAUAAAUGAUGGUGGAGCUGAACAACAAUGUAAUACUUUACGAAGUGAUCGUUGGCGAAAAGAAUCAGGAUAUACAUCUUUGACAAUAACUCAUAGACAAAAUAAUUCAUGCAUUGAAAUGACAACAAUUUCUGAAAAUAAUUGUUAUUUUCAAGCGAAUUCAACUAGUCGAUUUAUUCAAGAUAUUGAUUUAAAUCAAUAUUCAACACUUAUUGAUAAUAAUCAAGCUCGGUAUAAUGUAUCAGCUUUUUUAGGUUGUUCUAGUAAUAAUUCAAGCAACUGGGCUACAGUCGAAAUUCGUUUUGUUAAUGAACAAAAAAGUUUUGAGAAUAAUCAAAUACAUGUUAUUCACUAUGGAAAAUCAUGGAGAUCACUUUCAAAUAAUUCAUUAAUUCCAAUUGGAAUACGUACUGUUCAAAUUAUGAUUGGAGCUUAUAUUACAGAUUCAUCAGAAGAUUUCUUUUCAUGUUGUGCAAUUGAUGAUGUUAAUUUCAAUAUAUUUUACAAAGAUGGAAAUAAUUCAACAUUUUCAUAG